AUGGAGGUCCGGAGUAGGCGGCGGAGGGCCGGCGCCGCGGUCGCCUGGCGCAGGGGGCUGCGCGCGGGGCGGGGCUUCCCGAGUGUGGUCGGGCACGGGGUGGCCCGGGCGGGUGCGGGGACGGGGCGGCCCGAGCGUGGCCGGGCACGGGGUGGCCUAGGCGGGUGCGGGGACGGGGCGGCCGACCCGGGCGGGGGAGAUCAAGGGCGGCGCGGGUGGAGCGAGCGGCGGCGUGGGGUGGCCGGAGCGAGGACGGGGCGGCUGGCCCGGGCGGGGGCGGGGACGGGGCGACGGCAGGGCAGAAGCGGGAGGCGGCGGGGUAGAUCGAGGGGCGGCGCUGGUGGAGCGAGCGACGGCGUGGAAGAAGGGGGCAGCGGCGGCGGGGCAGAAG